AGAACAAUUUCAUCUUUCACGAUGUCUACAAGUGGGAACGUAGAAAGUAGUAAUAACGAGCUUUCUGGGCAAGACGACCAAUACACGAGCUUUCAGAGCAAAUACAACAGAAAAAAUGCUUCUCCAAAGUGGAUUCUCCUCGAUUUAUUUUGCUUCCUUGCAUUGUUUGUUCCCAUCGUAGUUUUGCAUGUUGUUGGUGUGCCAUACAAACGGGGUUUUUACUGUGAUGAUGAGUCCAUCAAGAAGCCUUUUAAACCAAGUACAGUGUCUAGUACUGUUGCUGCUGCUGUUGGUCUAAUUUUACCAGGAAUUUCAUUUAUCGUCGUUGAAUUAUUACAACAUCACGCAAAGAUUCAGAGAGUUGGUCAUGCGAAAUCAGUGGGCCGUGUCUUGUAUGUUGGUCCGAUUAAGCUGAACUCUGUUGCUCUAAGAAUACUCAAAAUAGCAUUUAUCUUUCUCUUUGGUGCUGCAGUAAAUACGUUGAUCACUGACGUUGGGAAAUAUGCAGGUGGACGGCUCAGACCUCACUUUCUCGCUGUCUGCAAGCCUGACAUAAACUGGUUGAACUGCACGGGGGUAUUCAUCACAGAUGAUGUUUGCAUUGGCGAGGAUCUCUCUCUUAUYAAACAAGCGAGGCUGUCCUUUCCUUCAGGGCAUUCUUCGUAUUCAGCAUAUACAAUGGUGUUUCUAGCUYUAUUCAUCCAAGCACGUGUUUCCAUAUCAUCAAGCCUUUUCAUGAAACCACUACUACAGCUAGUACCAAUAAYUCUUGCAUUGCUYUGUGGUUUAUCCAGAGUCAGUGACUACAAACAUCAUUGGUCAGAUGUUUUGGCUGGUUUUCUUUUGGGUACUCUUGUUGCUUUUAUAUUUGUAUGGCAAAGACUUGAUUGGUUCACAGAGAAAUCAAAUGAAAAUAAGGAUAAAGCUCUAAAGGACAUUGUUUGAACACUAAGCACAUAAAUUGAUAACCAUUAAAGACCUCACCAGCAACACAUUUGUUCAAAAUUUGCAUCCAAGAACCCUUUGCUUAAAUCUUUUCAUUUUCCAAAAUUUUUGUUACAAGGAUUACAUUGUGGGUGCUUCAGGGUAGAUUUCCAACAAAUUGAAAAGUAAGUUUUAACAUCUGACAAAACAUGAUUGUGAAGCUCAUUGGUCACAAGUGGGCCUUUAAGUAAAAUACAUUUUGUUUAUGUCUCAACUUUGUUAGGGUGUAAUGGCAAAUGUCAYGAUAAUAUUUGUGAGCGUGUUUAUAAAAUUCCUUAUCAAAAUCAUUUUUAUAAUAAUUCAUUAGGUAAACAAUGGAAAAUCAUUGCCACGACUGAAAGAAAUUUGUCCUGAUUUGUAUACAAUUUUAACUCAGGUUUUCUCUUAAAAAUAAUAAUAAUAUUUUAUCUUUAUGUUUAUGGCAAAUAUGCUUCAAAUUAAUUUAUGUUGGAAUUUGAUAAAGCCAUAUGUCUUCACUUACAACCUUUAUGUGAGCUGAAGGUGAGCAGUUUUUAAAAAGGCCUUGUCUCCUGCACAUAUUGGAUAAAUAUUAUAUUAGUUAAGUAGGGGAAAAUAGGAAAUUAUAGAUUAUAUAGAAAUGUGUGAAUUAAAGAAAAUAUGUACUAUGUUGUACGAAUAGUAAAUAACAGUAAGUUUAUAGUACUCUUGUAGAAAGCGAGUACAUAAAACCUGUGAAAUCUUUAUUAAGAAAUCAAGAAUCAAUAUAUUAUAGUAGAUGAACAAGUGAAAUGGAAAUAGCAACUUUGGAURUGAAUAGUAUAUUCACAAAUUCCAUUUCACAAGUUUAAUGUGUUCAUGGCAUUAUAAAUAAGAGUUUGAAUUUAUUUGUAUAAAAAUGUUUAAAUUGUAUUGAAAUGUAUUUUUCCAUGAUAUAGAUGUUAGUCAGAUUCAAGUGUUAAUGUAUAAAAUUGCCAAAAAUCCUUCAUCACUUGGAUGGCAAAGCUUGGCAGGKACCAUUUAUAUUGAUCAAUUUUUCAAUAAGGAAAUUAAAUUGAAUGUGAAUAUUUCAAUGCUCAAAAUAUAUAAGAAAAUAAAUACAUUCACAGAAUUAAAAACAUUUUUUUUUACUUCA